ACUGCGGUCUGGCGCAAGUAUCAACGAUGUGGUACACCAACAGGCAACAACUCUUGCCUAGCGUGCUCGCUCAUUGAGUCAUUGUCCAAUGAGCUUGAGAGUGGUUUGAUCAUUAUUUGAGGGAGAUGAACCGGCUCCCUCCCUGGUCAGAUCAGUCAGCAGGGUAGCCUUUCACUCAUAAUCUGAACCUCCAAGUUACUCGCACUGCCGGCGGAAGGAAGAAGAGACCUUGGGAGAAUUCCCGGCAGCAGCAGCAGCGAUGGAGAAAGGGAAAAAGGCGGCGAUGGGGAAGAAAGCUUUCUCAUCUUCCCCGACAAUGCCGCCCGUAUCUCUGGACCAAUUCGUCUCCAUCAUGGCGCCUUUGAUUGAUAUGGAAAAGGAAGCGGAAAUAUCAGCCUCCAUAAGCUCCGGCGCGACCAGGAACUUGGAGACUGCCCAAAAGCGCGGCUCUGCAAUCUUCAAUUUGAAAUGCGUCGACGUCCAGACUGGGCUGAUGGGGAAAUCUCUUCUCGAGUUUCAAUCAACCAGAGGAGAUGUUCUUCCUGCUCAUAAGUUUGGCAUCCAUGAUGUGGUUAUUCUGAAGCCAAACAAGGCUGAUUCGGGGUCUGCUGGUCUCGGGCAAGGCGUGGUUUAUCGUUUGAAGGACACCUCUAUCACCGUUGCUUUCGAUGAUAUGCCUGAAGAUGGUUUGAAUGGUUCGCUACGACUUGAGAAAGUUGCUAACGAGAUAACAUAUCGUAGGAUGAAAGACGCAUUAAUACAAUUGAGUAAAGGUGUACACAAGGGCCCUGCUUCAGAUUUAGUUCCAGUUCUUUUCGGUGAGAGACAGCCUACUGUGUCAAAGAAGGAUGUUACGUUUACUCCAUUUAACUCCAAUCUCGAUCACUCACAGAAAGAUGCAGUUUCAAGGGCUCUAUCUUCAAAAAAUAUCUUUUUAUUGCACGGGCCUCCUGGAACGGGGAAAACGACCACUGUGGUGGAGAUAAUUUUACAAGAAGUGAAGCGUGGAUCGAAGAUUUUUGCAUGUGCUGCUUCCAACAUUGCUGUUGAUAACAUUGUAGAGCGGCUUGUUCCUCACAGGGUAAAGUUGGUGAGAUUGGGACAUCCAGCACGUUUACUGCCUCAAGUAUUAGAUAGUGCCCUUGAUGCACAGGUGCUGCGUGGAGACAACAGCAGUUUGGCUAAUGACAUCCGGAAGGAAAUGAAGACAUUAAAUGGAAAGCUGUUGAAGACCAAAGACAAAAACACUAGAAGGGAGAUCCAGAAGGAGCUGAGAACCCUCACAAAAGAAGAGCGUAAAAGGCAGCAGCUGGCUGUUAUGGAUGUGAUUAAAACUUCAGAUGUGGUGUUAACAACUCUGACUGGUGCUGCUUCUCGCAAGCUGGACUCUACAUCAUUUGAUUUGGUGAUUAUUGAUGAAGCUGCUCAGGCACUGGAGAUUGCUUGCUGGAUGCCUUUGUUGAAGGGUUCAAGAUGCAUUCUUGCUGGUGACCACCUUCAGCUUCCGCCAACCAUCCAAAGCGUGGAAGCAGAGAAGAAAGGCUUAGGGAGAACCCUAUUUGAGCGUCUAGCAGAUCUCUAUGGCGAUGAAGUUACAUCUAUGCUUACUGUCCAGUACCGCAUGCAUGAGCUCAUUAUGAACUGGUCCUCUAAGGAGCUAUAUGACAGCAAGAUCGAAGCCCAUCCAAGAGUUGCAGCACAUGCACUCUAUGAUCUUGAGGGUACAAACAAGUCAACUUCAACAGAAGCCACACUUCUUCUUGUGGACAUUGCAGGUUGUGACAUGGAAGAAAAGAAAGACGAAGAAGAUAGCACACUGAAUGAAGGAGAAGCUAAAGUUGCUAUUGCGCAUGCUAAGAGACUAGUAAGCAGUGGAGUUCAAGCCUCUGAUAUUGGAAUCAUUACACCUUAUGCCGCGCAGGUAGUUCUCUUAAAAAUACUCAGAGGCAAUGAAGACAAGCUGAAGGAAGUGGAAAUAUCAACUGUUGAUGGAUUUCAAGGCCGAGAGAAGGAAGCUAUCAUUAUUUCCAUGGUUCGAUCGAAUUCUAAGAGUGAGGUUGGAUUUCUCAGUGAUCGUAGAAGGAUGAACGUAGCAGUGACGCGGGCAAGAAGGCAAUGCUGCAUUGUUUGUGACACCGAAACGGUCAGUAGCGAUAGGUUUCUGAAGCGAUUGGUCGAGUAUUUCGAGGAGCACGGUGAGUAUCUCAGUGCCUCUGAGUACAUCGAUGAAUAAGCAAAAUAUCCCUGAGAAAAACCAGCCACCUUUUCCUUGGUUGUAUUGUGUAGUUACAAACUUACAAAAGGGUUCUUGAAACCCAUCACCAGUGGUAGUAGUCUAUAUUUGAUUCACUUCGAUAAUUCCUUUCCCUUUUGGAGGAUGAUCUAUGGCGUAGGUUGGUUGAGCUGAACAAAGCUCACAAAUAUGUAGUCUCAUUAACAGAGAUCAGUAUGGCCUUUGACCAAUUACAUUGCCAUGAGGAUCAUACUCGCAAACGACGUAGGUAUCGCCAUUGGCACACUUGAUCCUAGCACACCCAACUCUCCUAGUACUCCUCCACACCAACUGUGUAUAGUGCAAGCAGUCCCGAUUCGCCAUACAAGCAUCACGUCCAUAGUCGUAGUACGCCUCCUGAGCAGCCCAGUCUUUGACAGCAUCCGUCCCCUUCCAUCGCUUCCCUUGACCCCAAAAGAUGUUCUCCCCAUAGUCGCCCGUCGAAUGCACCAGCCGGCAGUCCUUCCUCCUCUGGUUGGCAUACCAUUUAGCAUAGUUAGCCAACUUGUUGCUCCACGCCAGUCGCGGGAGGCGGUGCCUUGCCCUCACUGCAUUGUGAGCAGCAAGCAUCUGGGUCGAGAAUGCAUCGAGCAUUUCUCGCCUGGGGAUCGUAGGUUCGGAUGAUGAUGGAGAAGCCGAGAUGGAGGAGAAGAUGAGGAAUGUGGUUAAGAUGGUGAAGGGAAUGAGAGUCGAGGUGGAAGAAGCCAUUGUUGUUGGAGGUAUGGAGGUGUGGGUGAGUUCGUUGCGAUGAGGUAAAGGGCCAGGAGGGCUUUAUAUAUGUUCUCC